AUGCCAGGCGAUGGGUUCACCAUUAAAAGUCGCAUCAGGAAUUUGCUGCGUUCUCCCUCAACCAAGCACAAGAGGAGCAGGAGAGAAAAUCUCACCAGCAAGGUGACUUUGGAGAAGGUUCUGGGCAUCACUGCCUCAGGAAACAGUGGUCUGACCUGUGACCCCCGAUCCGGACUCGUGGCCUACCCUGCAGGCUGUGUGGUCGUCUUGCUGAACCCCAAAAAGAACAGACAGCACCACAUUAUCAACACCUCGAGAAAGACCAUCACAGCUCUGUCCUUCUCCCCUGACGGCAAGUACUUGGUCACAGGAGAGAGCGGUCACCUGCCAGCGGUGAGACUGUGGGACGUGGCCGAACGGAGACAGGUGGCGGAGCUCCAGAAGCACAAGUAUGGCGUCUCGUGUGUGGCUUUCUCCCCCAACGGCAAAUACAUCGUCAGUGUGGGAAACCAAUAUGACAUGUUGGUCAACGUCUGGGCGUGGAAGAAAGACGUUGUUGUAGCAGCCAACAAGGUGUCCAGUAAGGUGACGGGCGUGUCUUUCUCUGAGGACAGCUCCUACUUUGUAACUGUGGGGAACAGACAUGUCAAGUUCUGGUAUCUGGAUCACUGCAAGGCCAGCAAGGCCAGUGCUCCUGUCCCUCUGCUGGGCCGCUCGGGGCUGCUGGGGGAGCUGAGGAACAACUUUUUCUGUGAUGUUGCCUGUGGGCGGGGCCCUAAAUCUGACUCCACCUUCUGCAUCACCUCCUCUGGCCUGCUGUGUGAGUUUAACAGCAAGAGGAUGCUGGACAAAUGGGUGGACCUACGGGUGAGUGACAGGGAUGAUACGAGCGUGGCCCAGUCUCUGUCUCUGUCUGAGGAUAUGAUCUUCUGUGGCUGCGCUGAUGGAACGGUGCGAGCCUUCAGUCCCGUUGACCUGCACUUUGUCUGCACGCUGCCGCGGCCGCACCCCCUCGGCACUGACGUCACAGCUGUUACCGAGGCCAGCCACCUAUUUUCCACCAAGACAGAUGUCCGUUACCCAGCUGCCAUUGCUGUUACCUAUGAUCCCAUCAGCCACUGGCUCAGCUGUGUGUAUAACGACCACAGUCUGUAUGUGUGGGAUGUGAGAGAUGUCAGCAGGGUGGGGAAGGUGCACUCUGCCCUCUUCCACGCUGCUUGUGUCUGGGACCUGGAGGUGUUCCCAGAUGUUCCUGGGGAACUGGGUGCUGGUUUGUCAUCAGGCGUGUUCCUUAGCUGCUCAGCUGAUAACACCAUCAGACUGUGGCGCAUGGAUGACUGGUCUCAAACUCGAGUUCAUUUUCAGAACAUCCUCUGCAGUGAUCUCUUGAAUAUAAUCUACAUAGAUGGAAACACCGCUACAUUACUGGAUCCGGAAUGUAUGGCAAAUGUGAAUGCAGAUAAAUCCGGGGACGGACAGACAACAGAAAGCAGGGCGGGCAUCAGGACCAUCUGUGUCAGUCCUGACGGCAAACACCUGGCAUCUGGAGACCGCAACGGGAUGCUGAGGGUUCAUGACCUCAGCAGCAUGGAGGAGAUUCUGAAAGUGGAGGCCCACGAUGCUGAGAUACUCUGUCUCGAAUACAGUGAUCCAGGAACAGGCCUGAAGCUGCUGGCUACAGCGAGCAGGGACCGUCUGAUCCAUGUGUUGGAUGCUGAGGAUGACUACAGUCUGGUACAGACACUCGACGAACACUCUUCAUCCAUAACAGCCGUCCGCUUUGCUGCCAAUGACAACAAAGUGAGGAUGAUCAGCUGUGGGGCAGACAAGAGCAUCUAUUUCCGCACCGCACACAAGACUGACAGAGGAACAGAGUUCAGGCGCUCUCACCACAUGGUGAGGAAGACCACGCUGUACGACAUGGGUGUGGACCCCACUUGCAAGUACGCUGCCGUCGGCUGCCAAGACCGCUGCAUCAGGAUUUUUAACAUCAGCAGUGGCAAACAGAAGAAACUCUACAAAGGCUCACUGAGUGAAGAUGGAAGUUUGCUCAGGGUACAGAUCGAUCCUUCAGGUCAAUACGUGGCCACAAGCUGCUCCAAUAAAAACAUCAGCAUCUUUGACUUCUACACUGGAGAGUGUGUCGCCACAAUGUUUGGACACUCUGAGAUUGUCACUGGGAUGAAGUUUACCAACGACUGCAAGCAUUUGAUUUCUGUGUCAGGUGACAGCUGUAUCUUUGUGUGGCGCCUGGCUCCAGAGCUGACAAUCAGCAUGAGAGAGAGGCUGUGCCAACUCAGACAAAACCCAAACACGCCACCCUGCAAGACCUCCAGUCUCAGGCGGGAGGUGUACAGCGCCCCCACCCUGGGUGGUUUGUCCUCGGACAGUGACCAUGAGCACGAGGGGGAGGACAGAGCAGAGAACGCCGACCCCAACGACCCCGAAGACAACUCAACCAACACUUCCUCUGACAGCAGCCAUGGAGAGGAGGACACAGGAGGCUCAGAUGAAGGACAGGACUGGGAACUGACAAAGCAUGGAGUCAUCAGCCAAGUCACCCCUGACUCUGCUAAGCGUCCUCGGAGGCGCUGGUCUCAUCGUAUGGGCUCCCUGGAGCUGAUGGUGAAAUCCAUGCUGGACCUUAGGCAGCUGGAGACCUUUGCUCACAAGAAAAACCCCAACUGCCCCCCUCACGACAGAGAGAGACAGAGCACGUCCAGCCUCCAGGAGCCCAUGCAGCAGUUGGAGGAGAGAGCCAAGAGGCAUCGGCCCUGGCCACCCGCUGACUGGCUGUCCUCACACCCAUCCAAGGGCAUCAGGGGGACUGAUGGAGCUUUGCCGUACCCCGAGGAGAACGAGGGCGACACGAGUCUACAGGGCAGUGAUUACAUGAUGAAGGAGCAGCACUGCAGGACGCAAGGGCGAGGGAUCCGCAGUGAGAGCCAGGACAGCCGCAGCCCGGACAGUGCUUGCUCCUUAGGCUACGACAGCAGGGACUCCAGCCCAGAUUGUGUCCUGGAUGAUUCUGCAGAUGUGGAGUCUCUGAGCCAGGACAGCUCUGAUGAGGAGAAUGAAGAGCGAGAGGAAGAGGAGCAAAAGGCAGAAGUGACGAGCAUGGACGAGGCUUUGAGGACAGUGACUGAUACCACUGACCGCAGUCAAGAAGAUUUCCUCAAGCAGAACUUUGAGACGCUGGCAGAGAGCUGCAGCACAGCUGAGCAGAGCAGAGUCCCAAGGCUCAGUAUGUCUUCACGCUUCCUGGCCAGAGGACAUAAUAACAGGGGGGUGUCUAUGUUUGCCAAAGUGCAUGGAAAAGAACAGGGAAGCCACUCUGCUAAGCCCCCCGUGUCAAAAGUACGGCCCUUGAUGGAGGAUGGCCAGAGCGGAGACAUUGAGGAUGAGACCGCUGUGUCCCCUGGCAGAAUCGAAUCGUCAAAGGCAGAUGCUUCGGAGAAGAACUAUACUCCUACCCUUAGACCCCCCAAGAAGAAGACUUCAGGGUCCCACCUGUGGAGGAUGUCCAACCCUCCAUCCAAAGCUCUGCUGCUGUUUGACAGAACAACAUGUUUAAAGAAAUCACUCUCUGCCCAGAACCUGGCCUCAGACUCUCUUGGCUCCCCUGUGCUGUCUGACCGAAGUGCCAGAAAGGGGUUACGUAAGAGACCUCAGCAGCUUUUCCUAGAUCAUAACAUUCCCAGGCCAUCCUUCCAAAUGUCUUCACCCUCCUCUAGCUCACCACAGUCUCCCGAGUCCCCCCUCCCUUGGGAGAGUCCCAAACUUAAGCCCCAGCACUCCUACAUGAACCCCACAGCCAGCUCUAUGGCCAAGGGCAGUCGGUCCAACUCUCUGGGAGAAGCCCUCGACGCAGCCUCUGCUUAG